UUGAAUCUCUGCGCAUCCAUUGGCUAAAAUGUACACAAAUUUGUCCUUUAGCGGAAAGUUCUGACAUAAAUCGAGAUUGUUUGCAAGCGAUUUUUUUGUAUGUUAGAGAGGAAAAGCGAAGGCUAAGUUAAAAAAACUUCAGCGCGGUGAACAGACAGGAGUUUGGUGACUUUCCAUUGUUAUUAACAUUAGUUAGAAGACGUUUGCUAGCUAACUCACACAAUUUUACUUCAGUGUAAUGGCGAAUAAGAAUUAGUUGUGAAAUGUCAGGAGAGGAAGCGAUAGCGGGAUGCGAGGCUGAUGUGACGGUGUUUUUUGCCGAGUCGUUGUAUGUGAAUACUGAAGUGUUGAGUGUGGCUACAGUGAGUGGAGCACUGUCCGCAGUGUUAGCUGCUGCUCUGCUUUACGUCUUCUGUGUGAAGCCCCUGCUCCUAACUAGACAAGGCUACAAUGCAAGGAGGCUGCUUGACCCUGAUGAUGGGGAUUUGGACAACAACCACAGUGACUGUGUUAGCAACAGCAGAAAAGAGGCUCCAAGUGGUACCACAAAUGAAAAGGAGAAGAAGCAGCCACCCAUGAACAAUGACAUCACUGCAUUUGCAUCCAGAGCAAAGGUGGUCUAUCCCAUCAACCAAAAAUACAGACCUUUAGCAGAUGGAGCAUCCAACCCAUCACUACAUGAGCAUACCAAGAUGCCAGCAAUGCCUAACGAGGAGUCAUCGUCCUCCACGGACGGAGACUCUAUGAGCCAAGACCAAGACAAUGAUGACAGCAGUCAGUUUAUUUCUUACUCGCUGGUCCCCAAAAGUCUGCAGAACCAGAGUUUCACUCGGGUGUCUCACUACCCCCACACACUGACACAAACAGGAUUUGAAGGCAGGAUUAGUCUUUACUGUUUGGCCCUGCAGGACAUACAACACCUUUGCUCUCACCUUCAGGAAGAAAAAUUUCUGAUUUUUCUUCAAAUGGUGAAAAUGAUAUUUAGCCGCCGGUUCCCAAAAGACAAAAAUGAUGCAGACUUCAGCAAGAAUAUUCUACAAAUGCAGGAAAAGGAAAUAAACGAGCUGAAGAAACUGUUGUCGUCAGACCAGAUUGUUGUUGAGAAAAACGACAAUGCUCCCUGUACUUUGGAGGAGAUUGAGAGAGCUCAGAAAGAUCACCUUGAACGCAGCCUUCAAAUGUCCAAAGGUUUCAGCAAACAGGUGGAGGACCUGUUUCAGCAUCUGCUGAGCAAGACCAGCAUUUUCUCUCGGGAUGAAGCUCAGGAUGUGAUUAUGUCUCUCAUUCAAACUCUCUUGUUAGUAGAGAACCACCUGGUGAACACUCAAGAGGCUGAGCUCAAAAGAAUCCAGCAGAAGCUGCUGUGGUGGGAGGAGCUGACGGGGCUUCUUCAGUCCCAACCUGCCGCGCUUAAGUGGGAAAUGUCUCUGAUGCAGGGUUUGAUAGCCACAGCGCUGGAGCAGCUGACCAGUGAUGAUGUCUUAACCUUUAACCACAUGGAAAAGAUCCUCUCAGAAGUUCAGGCCACUCUGAUGAAGGGCCUUCAGCAAUGCACCGAGGAGUGGACACAGAAGACAAAAGAGCUGGUGAAUGACAAGUGCAGUAAAAUAGUGUCCAAGCGGAAAAAACUUCAGAGGAGUCAGACCAAGGGAAAGGCCGUUGCUCUGGAACUGACGCAGACUCACGGAGACCUCCAGCAGCUCGCCAAGGAGCACCAGGAGCUGCUGGUCAAACACAGGCAACAGACGUCCGAUCUGGACCUGCAGCACGAGAACAGAGUGGCUGAAGCUCUCACUGAACUUUGGAGGAAACUCCGUAUCUCCUGGUCAAAGAAACUUGGCGAGCUAGGCAAAAAUGUCUUUCUUGCCUUGGUCUCUGCCAAGUCUCAACUGUCUGCUGAGUGCUGUGAGAAGCUGUGGUUGGAUCUGGAGCAGAAGCUGGUCGCACAGCUGCAGCAGGUAGAGAACACUGUCAAGCUGCAACUGGAGGACAUGAAGGCUGAAGUGGAUAAGGAUGGACAGGUGUGGAGUGAGGAGAUGUCUCUGGCACAGGCGUGUCUCAAACAUCUCACUGAACAACAGAUGAAGAUUCUCAAAGACAUGGUGGCGAGACAGAGCUACGCACUCAACAGUGGAGUGGGACUGCUGAUGGAGAGGAAACAUGAGCACAUGUUGGCGGCGGCGCAGAGGAGCUUUGUGGUCAGGCACUUCUGUCUGCACAUGCUGAAGGAGAUGAAGCUGUCAAAGCUGAAGACCCUCUCUCAGACUGACUUCAGAACUGUGCUGAUGGACGACCCCGGUAAAAGCCAGUCCUGUGUCGGUGCAACUUUCAAGAACAGCCGUGCCAGCCUAGCAGAGAGGCAUCUGGGUCCAGAGAGCCAGCUGGUGGGCCACAACUUCCAGCAGGAGUUCCUGUCUGAACUGGAAACAGGGAUGGAGCUGCUUCAGUGCCACGCACAGCUGGUGGUUGGCAAUGCCCUCAGCCAAGCCGUCCAGCAGACGAUGGAGACCCUGCCCGUGGAGUCCUUGGCUUCUCCAAAACAGGAUGAUAGCUUAAAGCACCACCUGAUGGAAACUGCAUCAGAGAGCGUAUACAUGACCAAAAACUCUCUCUGUGCACUCGUCCAACGCUACUACUCACAUCUACAGGAUGUUACCAGAAAGAUACCACAGGAGCAGCCAAACAUGAACCAGGAGGUGACUGAGCAGCAAGAGCGCAACAGUCAGCUGAACACAGCGUUACAGAGGGAGCUGGUGAACUGGGGCAAAAAACCCACCUCGGUCGAGUUUCAACAGAGGGUGGAACUCCACAAAAGGAGGGUGUUGGAACAGUGUUACCUCCAACAGGAGAUGAUCUAUGAGGAACUAAAGCAGAGGAAAGUGGCCCAAGAUCAAACCAUGGAAAGUCUCAAAAAGCAGCUACUGGAGGCUGAAGAAGGCUUCAUGAAUGAUGUGGCAGACCUGGCCCAGGUUUCUCCUCACGUGCACUCCAGAGAUUAGUGAAGAAGAGGACAAUGCUGGUGGUUUUGAGGACAGUCGCUCUCAGCUCAUCCCUGACCACUAACUCCUGCAGAAAGAUAAGGAGGCAUUCUCAAGCAAGCCAAGGAUACCAACAACAAAAUGGCUUUGAAUUAUGGACUUUCAUGGUUGUAUAUGACUCUCCUAUAGGAAUGGUGUGGACGUGUUGUUGUACCGGAUUUUUGUAUGAUUUUAUAUCUGAAACUUGGUUAAUAAAUAUAUAUAUAUAUAAAA